AUGUUAGUAAGAGAAAUCAUCAAAUGUGCAUGUUUUGCAGUAAUCAAAAUUAUGUGCAUCACACUGAUGGGAUUUGCAGCUUCAAAACUCUCUGGAUUUAACACACAAGUGAGGUCAAUUUUUUCUAAAUUAAUAUUUACUUAUUUUAUGCCAUGUGUUGUGCUCUAUCAAGUAGCCACAGCAAUAGACACUAUUUCUGAGCUAAAAGAAUUAUGGAUUCUUCCAGUCGCUAGCAUCAUUCAUACCUCUCUUCAGUUUUUUCCUGUUUUAAUAGCUUCAUAUAUAAUUAGAAUACCAAAAGAAGAACGUAGUCUUUAUUCUUUUGUUCUUGGUUUCGCAAAUGUAAUGUACAUUCCAAUGGCUGUUAUUGAAGCAUUAACUGGAGAGACAGAUGAAUUAGGAGAGAAUGCUAAGAGUAAAGCGAAUCAAUAUAUAUGUGCGUAUCAAAUAUCUUUUAUGGUGACAUUUUUCAUUAUUGGAUAUGACUAUUUUAGUCUUACUACAAGAGAGCCGGAAAAUAAGGGAAAAAAUGAGUCUCAAAUAAAAGAGCCUGGAGAAGUGGCUAUUGAAAUGGAAGAAACUCAACCUGUAGAAAAAAAAGAGGAAGAUUCUAAAGAAGUUGAGGUUAAACAAUCAACGAAAUCAGAAGAAAUUUCUAAAGACAUUGAAACUCCAAAACCUUCAAAAGAAGAGGAUAAAAAUAUACCUAAAGAAGAUAAAAAUAUACCUAAAGAAGAUGAAACUUUAACUAAAGAAGAUGAGAACUUACCUAAAGAAGAUAAAACUUUAAAUAAGGAAGGUAGUACAAAUAUACAAACAGAAGAAAUUAUUAAAAUAGAUAAAACUUCAUCUAAAGAAGAAGAUAGUAAGGUAGAUGAAGCUAUAUCUAAUAAUAAAAAAGAUAUGUCUGGGGAAUCAUCUAAAAUAAACAAGAUGAAAAUAGAAAUAGAUAAGUUCAAAAAGAAGUUACAUAAAAUUAAAAAGACAUUAUGUUAUCCUUUUGUUUAUGUAUGGAACAAACUCCCUUCAAUUGUUAGGUCUUCAAUUAAAAACUUCUUUUCUCCACCUACUAUUUGUACUAUUAUUGGGGUUAUUCUAAUGUUACUUAAAUGGGUGAGAGACCCUUUGUUUAUAAGAACUGAUUGGAGUAUCAUUGGAAGAUGUAUUAAUUACAUGGGAAGUGCUGCUGUGUUUUGUGCUUUGUUUCUUCUUGGUGGAAGUUUUGAGAAAGGACCUUUUGGUAGUUCUAUUCCAUUUUGGAAGAUUGUAAUUGGUGUUUUUGUGAGAAUGGUACUCUUUCCAGCUGUUUCAUGGGUUUGUACAUUCUUUAUGUGGAAAUAUGAUAUUCUUCCUUCAAAUAAAGUAUUUUACUUUGUUCUACAAAUGGAGUCAUUUGCCCCACCUGCUAUUAAUGGUUUAAUUGUUGUUAAUGUGUGUUAUCCAAAAGGAGUUAAAUCAUGUUCAGCAAUUUUGUUUUGGUGCUAUAUGUUCGCUAUAUUAAACAUCAUUUUUGGUGUUGUUUUAUCAAUGAAAUCUUUAGAAUGGAAAUAA